AUGGAAGAAGUACCAUAUCACCCGUUGAUAACGGUGACCCCAGAGUCUGUGAAGAAAGUGCGACAAAUGUGUGAAAUUGAUGAUGUACAGAAGAUCAAGGACUGCUUGGACAUCAUUGAAGAAUGGAUUAGCAAACAGGAUCAUCUUGUGGAAGCCAGCAAAUAUAUAACAAGGAACCUUCUAGAAAGAGUGUUCCUGAUAGCAAAGGGUUCCACAGAAGGCACGAAGCGAAGAAUAGAAAGGCUGCUGACGUCACGAGGGAUGAUGCCAGAACUCUGCAUGAACAGGACUGUUGAAGAAUUUGAAACACAAUGGGAUGUUGUACACUACGUUCCUCUACCGAAGCUGCAUCCAGUAGACCAGUCGAGGGUGAUGGUGACCCAGUUCCUCACGGAGAAACUGGAUCCUUUUAACAUUCUGUCAUACUUCAGAUAUUGUUUUUUGAUCGGAGAGUAUAGAAUCAACUAUGACUACACACCCUCAGAGCGAUUCGUGAUUGAUCUCACAAACAUACACUUUGGUUUACUCAGUAAAUUGAACCCUAUUACUAUCAAGAAAUCUGAAGUUUUAUGUACUGAAGGUAUUGGAACAAAAAUCAAGGGUAUUCACAUAUUGAACGCACCUCCCUUCAUUGAUAAGCUGGUCUUCAUCCUCAAACAAGCCUUGAGAGAGAAGGUAGCCAACAGGGUUCACGUCCACAAUUCUUAUGAAGACCUACAAAAGCACAUUCCAAAGGAAAUCUUGCCUAAGGACUAUGGUGGUGAUGACCUGUCUGUGGCAAAGCUGAGUGAACGAUGGAAGGAGACCCUGCGAACACCAGAAGCAAGACAAUUAAUAAAAGAUGCAGAAAAAAUGAUCAGUGAUGAGUCAAAACGACAGACUGCAAAAUUUAAUGAGGAAUACAUGGGGAUGCCUGGAUCGUUCAGAAAAUUAACAGUAGAUUAA